CCAUUGGUAUUUUGCUACUUAAAACGAAGAAGACUUUGUUUAAUUGUUCAUUUUAAUUCGCAAAGUAUAAUUUUUAUAAUUUAAUGCAAAAAAGUGUUAAUUUAUUAAAAAUGUCUUUGAAAUUUAUAGAUAUUGGUGCUAAUUUAACGGAUCCCAUGUUUCGUGGCCUUUAUGGCGGCUCACAGAAACAUCAGGAUGAUUUGGAGCUGGUAUUAAAAAGAUCUUGGUUGCAAGGUUUACAGAAAAUGAUCAUAACUGUUGGCACCUUAAAUGAGGCUGACGAAGCUUUGUCGAUGGCUGCCAAAGAUGAACGUUUAUAUGUCACCAUGGGCUGUCAUCCUACUAGAUGUGGAGAGUUUGUAGAUAAUCCUGAAAAAUACUACGAAGGACUAAAAUCAAAAAUUUCCUCUAAUCUCAAUAAAGUUGUGGCUAUCGGAGAAUGUGGUCUGGAUUAUGAUCGUUUGCAUUUCUGUGAUAAGGACAUACAAAAACUGUAUUUUGAAAAGCAACUGCAACUGGCAGAGGAUUUUAAAUUACCUUUAUUCCUACAUUGCCGUAAUUCACACCAAGACUUUAUGGAUAUACUGAGCAGAAAUCGCUCAAAAUUAGAUGCCUGCGGUGGUGGUGUUGUUCACAGUUUUACUGGGACAUUAGAAGAGGCUCAACAAGUUCUUGAUUUUCAUCCCAAUUUAUAUAUCGGUCUAAAUGGUUGUUCUUUGAAAACGGAAGAUAAUCUUCAGGUUGUUUCGAAAAUACCCAAUGAUCGUAUUAUGUUAGAAACUGAUUGUCCCUGGUGUGGUAUACGUCCAACGCAUGCUGGUAGUAAGUCGAUAAAAACUAAAUUUCCCACUGUUAAGAAAAAGGAAAAAUGGACUGCUGAGAGUUUGAUAGAUGGACGUUGUGAACCUUGUCAAAUAAUACAAGUUUUAGAAGUUAUAGCUGGAGUUAAGGAUCAACCAUGUGAUAAAUUAGCCAAAAUAUUCUAUGAUAAUACGGUAAAAUUAUUCUUUAGUGAAAAGAAAUAAAAAAUGACACAUAACCGAAUCAUUUUAAACCUUUUUUUAGAUUUGAA